UAUCUGGUGGUUCUGAUUCCUCUGAUUCUGGUCUGGGUGUUGCUGCGGUGACCGCCCUCCGAUUGGCUCCUCUGGUUGUCUUGGUGAUAAUCGUCAUGACAACACUGCUGUUGCUAAAGAGAAGAAGGGGUUCUGCUGGGUCAAGUGAUGGAGGACAGAACCGCACAGGUAGAACCGCAGAUGAAGAGGAGAACCGCACAGGCCCAAGUCCUGGGCCAGGGGCAGUCUUCUACUCUGCAGCAAACUCAUCAGCAGUGUGUGUGCAGACAGGCGACAGUGACUAUUGUCUGCUGAUGGUGAAGCUGCUCUGGUCAACACUGGAGAUGUUGCUGCUGCUGAUGACUCUACUGCUGCUGGCUCCACUACACGGUGAGUGUGUACGUGUAGCUGUGUUCUCCAGGGCAGGAGAAGCUGCCGUUCUCCCCUGUGCUGACGUCAUGAGUGGGGACCCACUCUGCUCCUCUACUGAAUGGGUAUACUCUAAUGGCAGAGGCCCAGGGGUAAAGGUGGUCAGCAAGGGAGAAGUCCAACAAUCUGGGAGAUCAGAGAGGCUGCGUCUCCUGCCCAACUGUUCCCUCCACAUCAGUGACGUCUCCCCUGAGGAUGCUGGAUGGUACCAGUGUCUGCAGUAUAAUGGAUCAGACCUUACUACUCAGACCUUUCUUUGCCAGGUGAAGAUCCCUCAGGAGGACUUGAGGUCGUGUCUUGCAUCGUGUCCGUCUAUGAUGGUGAUUGGUAUGAUCUGGGUGUGCGUGUGA